AUGAUGAAAUCUAAGGAAUUUCCCGCGAACUUUCUUUUCGGCAGCCGUGAAGAUUAUAUCCUCAAAACUCAACUUGAAAGCUUAUCUGCCCAGAGAGAAGUAAACGUAGAAUUUACCACCCAGAAUACUCAGUCGAUGCAUUCAACCUUAGCCCCGCCGAAUACUCCUUGGUCCCUCGAAGACGCAUCUCAAGAUCACCAAGACUUACACAAAGGUCGAGAAACCCGUCCGAAUCUUGAGAAUGGACUUCAUUUUACUAUCAAUUCCCAACUUCAAAAGGUUUCAUCCUCUGACGAAAGUUUUGAGCACUGGAAAAUGGUCGCCAUCAACUCCCAGAAAGAAAACCAGAAGUUGAAAUCUCAGGUUAUCGAAAUCAAGGCACAGAACACAAAUUUGAUCGAUGCACGGAACCGAAGAGAAAUCAGCAAAGGUUCAACUGAGACCAUUUGGUACGCCCUUCUACAACAAAACUGGCAACAAGUUCAACGAAUUAAAGAGUUAGAGAAAGAUGCCAGCUUCAGAAACAUGGACGGGCAGCUUGAAGUACGACUUAGUUCGAAACAGAUCAGCUCGUUCAUGGACAAAAUGAGACUGGCUCUGGAGUCCAUAAUGCACAAGAACGGUAUCAGCCUACUCAGCAAUAUGAAUACUAUAGACACCAAUACUGAUCUCCAGCAUCUUUUCCAUCUUUUAUAUGGUACAAAAACGAAUUUGGGACUUGGGAAGCUCAUGAAGAAUCUGGAUCCACAGCUCUUGCUUCGUGGCCUCGCAUUGGCUGCGGUAAAACAGUGGAUUUUCAUGACAGACUUUCCAGCAUUCAAGGAAAAUCGCUUGUCAUCGGCGCAAAUGAAAGUUAUCUCACAGAAAGGCGACUGGAAAUGUGCUCGCAAACUUGCGCUGGAGAGCUACAUUAGUAUAAUACGGGAUCCUUCUUUUUCGGAAAAUGAUUUGCGCGAGGAAACACAAAAUCUUGUAUCGAGAUUUUCCAAGGCCAUUGCUCCUCUUUGCAAGCCUCCGCAUAAUUCUGAAAAGGUUCUAAGUAAUAUAUGGGCCGAUUCAGAAGGCACGAUUGGAACGUUGUUUAUAACAGCCUUGACUUUCAAAGCCAGUACUGUUGCCACUGGGCAGCAGUAUGAAUUUAUUAUAUACCCACCAGGAACGGCAACAACUGAAGCUAUGCCGGUUUCUGAAAGCAUUGUUGCAUCCAAGCAACCAGGAAAAGACUUGACUCGCGAAUUUUGGAGACAUGCUUCUCUGUAUGUUUAUGAAAUAGAGAUUGCUUCAACAGGGAAUGGUCUUGCCGGUAUGAUGAUCAAACCAAGCAAUUUCAUUAUCCAUAAGGCAGGAGUGCGCGAGGAAAAAUCCUGUCUUAGAAGUGAAGUAGUAAUUUCAAAGGACUUUGACGAGAGUCAUUGGGAUGCCGAUGAAGGAAUCAGUUCACGAGCAAAAACUGGACUUGGAAAAAAAGAAAAGGCCAAGAGAUGUGUAAAGAGCCAUCAAAUCAAUGCAGACGUUGGUGAUACGGCAAGCAUUGGGAAGUUAACCACGAAAAAUGAGUUGCAGCGGGGUAUUGGGCCGUCAAUCAUUGAUCGAACAGGUAGAUAUUCCCAGGAAUCACUCAAGCAAUGUGGUGAGACGCCUAGAGAAUCAUCAUCCUAUUGCUCGACCUGCUUGAACUUGUACCCAGAAGCAAUCCUCGAGGAGCACCUGAAGCAAAGACCUGUAUGGUGCCAAGCUCCUUGCUCUACAUGCAGUGGGAAAUAUUCUCGAAAGUCGGACAUUGCCAAGCAUAAACGACAUCAAAAGAAUGAAAGAGUCGAUGCGGAAUUGGGCGGUACCAAAAAAAUAAAAACAUCUCCCGGUGAAUUUUUGGUAGAAGUCGCAAAAAAGAAAACUGGUGCCGAUCGGGCGACAACAGUUGCGAAAGCAGAAUUACCACAAGAUAAUUCUGGUAAAUUGAGACAAAAAUCCAACAGGAGAUCGUCGCGGUUGAAUGACCAAGAAGGCAGAGCUCUUGGGGUGGAAAAUAACAUGCCUCUCGAAGUGAAGAAUGACAGUUCUCCUAAGACGAAUUGCGAUGUUCCUCUUGACGUGGAAACUGAGGAUCUCUGCGAGACCUCUACGGUCGACGAAACUAAACUAAGACCAGCUAUAACCAAGUCUUUAACUUGUGAAAAGUGUGGGGCGGUGUUCACAUCUAAUGAGGGAGUCAUCAGACACAGAAAAUUGAAAAUUUGUAAGGCAUGCGCUAAGUGUGGACAUUGGUUUGGCAGCAAGCAACUGCUCAGACAUAGUUGCAAUCAACAAGAAAUCACAAAGCCAGAUUGCGACAAAACGGACCUUACUGAGCCCCAUGGGCUUGGCGGGGAGGAAAUAUCUGUUGCAACCAUGCAAGCUAGUCCUAAAUCGUCAGGUGAUUCAGAAAAGGAGAGCUUUGAAAUAUCAAAUGACGAUUGCCACGAUUUACAAGCGGAUGCAAUCUGUAGUCAAACAAGCUCUCCUCUCUCUGAAUUUGAGAAGUCUCCCGUCCUCGCAACAAGUCCGGUGCAAAAUUCACCAAAGCGACCAGGGCUCUUUAAAGACCAAGAUUCGGAAAAUCCGCAGGCAAAGAGAGAUGGUUCUGGUCUUGCAGAAACUGAAGACAUGCGGCCAAUUAAAUUGCGUCGAUUGAAUGGCACGCAAGAAGGGGCUCCAAUGACAAAUCUCUCAAGUUUCUCUGACCAGAAAACACUUGAUUUCAAUGGUCAUCAUGCACAAGCACCUAUUCCUUCUCGAUCUACCACUUUCAAGUUUAAGAAAUGGCAGACUGUUGCUCCGAUAGAAUCCAAUGAGCGAGGAUCAGGUAUGGAUUUCAAUGCUCUCAACUUCGACAAGUCCGUAGGCCCUCGGAAUGCCUGGGAUUUGGAAAGCGAUUAUAUUUCCUUCGAUUCUCAACACGAUACUUUCUUGGGUUCGUUGGGAGACUGCCAAAACCCUUUCAGCAUCCCUCAGAAUUUUCACAGUGGAAUUCGCGUCCCUUCCCCAAGAUCAUCAGUGUAUGUGAACGUAUCUCGACCUCUAAAUUUUUCUACCCAGCCCCUUGCCUACGGAGCUCAUCAUACCGUGGCGGAAUGGCAACCCCAGGGACUAAUUCACCCGGUGCCAUACCAUGGGACAAGGGAGAGAGAUUUCGGUAAUCCCCAACGAAAAUCUGGUAACGCCAUCGCCGAUAUUCUUAAUGCCGACCUUUUGAGUGCCGAAGGGAUCAGCUAUAAUUAUUAAGAAGGGGCUCUCAUUUGUGUGCGAGCGAGGUUGUCCGCCAAUAGUCAGUUUCUUGCUUUAUUUGACGUGCGUACUGAGUUGGUCCUGUGUGUGUAAGACCCAAAAUUUCCCACACCAUAUCAUGAGGAGUUGUGAGGAAACUUGUAAAGGGAAAGACAUUUAGCAAGCAUUGUUGAAUGACGAUGGUCAUAAAUCUUUGUAUAUCGAGUUGCAUAUGCUAUUGUCUCCAGCAAUAAGUCUUUCACCUAGGUAGUGACUUUCUGAGAUGUGACAAAUAUUCCGUCAGAUAAGAUUGAGACCAGAGACUUAUUAUUCUGGGGGCAUCAACAUUCAUGCAACAGGCUGGUUUCGAAAGUAUUUGCGAAACUUCAACAAAGCCAUAUCAAGUCCAAAGGUGGGUAGGCAGUAAGCAUAAUGAAACAAUAGAAGUGAUGAAUGAGAGAUGCAAAAGUCUGAAGUUUUUUUAGAUAGGAAAAUCAAGCUUUUCGCUUCUGAC